AUGAAAAUUUCUAAUAAAAAAAAGAAAGAUACUAUAUUUGCUCCAUCGAGUUUACAUGGUAUUUCAAAAUGGAUAAAAGAAUAUCGUGAUCGUUUUUCAAUUGAUAUUAAUCAACUUGAAAAAACAUCUCGAGAUUUUCUUACUCUUAAUAAAUCAACAUCUAAUAAACAAACUAAAGAUAAGAAACAAUUAAAUAAUGAAGAUGAUGAUGAUGAUGAUGAUGGUUGGACAGUCGUUUCACGUUCAUUAAAAAAAACUCGUCAACGUAUGGUACCAUCAACAGAUAAAACAUUAAGUCGUUUACGUGCAAAACAUAAACGUUCAAAUCAAAAAAAAGAAUUAGUCAAUUUUUAUAAAUUUCAAAUGACUGAUAAGAAAAUUGAUCAACUUGAACAAUUAAAAAUGAAAUUUGAAUUAGAUAAACAACGUAUUACACAAAUGAGACAACAACGAAAAUUUAAACCAUUUUAA